CGAUCCCCCGUGUAAGAGUGAGGUGGAGGAGGACAUCCCAGUCCAUAUGACCACAGAAAAUCCCAGUAAGAACUCUGAAGGAACCUUCGUGUUAUCACUAGAUUAUAACGUAGAAGAUGAAGAUAUCGAGCAGCGAUCUUCAGGGGAAAACAUCAAUACCUCUAAUGUGCAUCCAGUACUUCACAGUACAGAUCUGUCAUAUAAUCCUCCUAAUCAUGAGGAACCUUCUCCUAACCAAUCACAGAUUGUUACCACAAGUACCGGGCAGAAAGGCGGUAAAAGGUUUCAAUGUGGUGAAUGUGGAAAACAGUUUACAAACAGCUCAAAUCUGUAUAAACACAGAAGAAUUCAUACAGGGGAGAAGCCAUAUUCAUGUUCGCAAUGUGGGAAAUGUUUUCGAGAAACAUCAAGUCUUGUUAGACAUGAAAGAAUUCACACAGGAGAGAAACCAUAUUCGUGCACAGAAUGUGCAAAACAUUUUACAAAUAAAUCAGAUCUUAUGGCACAUGAGAAAAUUCACACAGGAGAGAAGCCGUAUUCAUGUUCAGAAUGUGGUAAAUGUUUUACAAAUAAAUCAGACGUUGUAAAACAUCAGAGAAUUCACACAGGUGAAAAGCCAUUUUCUUGUUCCAAGUGUGGAAAAUGUUCUACAAAUAAAUCAGAUCUUUUAAAGCAUGAGAGAGUUCACAUAGGAGAGAAACCAUUUGAAUGUUCAGAAUGUGCGAAAAGUUUUAUGAAUAAAUCAGAUCUUGUUACACAUCAAAGAAGUCACACUGGAGAGAAGCCAUAUUCAUGUUCACUAUGUUGGAGGAGUUUUACAAAUAAAUCAAGUCUUGUUAAACAUAAGAGAAUUCACACAGGAGAGAAGCCAUAUUCAUGUUCAGAAUGUGGAAGAUGUUUCACCAAUAAAUCAACUCUGGUUACACACCAUAGAAGUCACACAGGAGAGAAGCCGUAUUCAUGUUCAGAAUGUGGGAAAUAUUUUAUGUAUAAAUCAGAUCUUGUUGUACAUCAGAGAAUUCACACUGGAGAAAAACCAUAUCUGUGUUCACUAUGUGGGAAAUAUUUUACAAAUAGGUCAAGUCUUGUUGCUCAUGAGAAAAAUCACACAGGUGAAAGACUAUUUCUGUGUUCGCUAUGUGGUAAAUAUUUUACAAAUAAGUCAAGUCUCGUUAAACAUGGGAAAAUACACACAGGAGAGAAGCCAUAUUCAUGUUCCGUAUGUAGAAAAUGUUUUAUAGAUAAAUCACAUCUUGCUAUGCAUGAGAGAAUUCACACCGGAGAAAAGCCAUUUUCUUGUCCCGAACGUGGGAAGUGUUUUAUUGCUAAAGCCAAACUUCGAGAUCAUCAGAGAAUUCACACAGGAGAGAAACUAGUUUGAUGUUAUUUAUAUGGAAAAUGUUUUUCAAGGAAUUCAAAUUUUAAAACUCAUCAGAGAAUUCACACCGAGAAGACUUUUUGUUUGUAAUGUGGAAAAUCCUAUAAAAUCAUAAAAUAUGUUUAACCUGUCAGAUUAUUCUCAGGCCUUAAACAGUCAACAAAAUUGUUUAUUUGGGGGUGGAAUUAGCUUGGAUUUGCAGCCAAAUGAUAUCUUCCUCCAUGGAUCCUGGUCACUGGAUCCUCAGAUAAAGUAUGGUGGAUAUAAGGAAGAAUAGAAGAGCCAGAGCUGUAUUUACUGUCAGAACAGUGAAGAUGAAUUGUCCCCAUGAACCAUGAAGGAGGAAAGACUCCCCAUGUAGACUUUUCAUCUUCAUUCUUACAGUACAGAAAGAUCAAGAUGAUGGAAAAAAAAUUAACAAAAUUAAUAAAUUAGAAUUUGCUA